AUAUUUAUAGAUUUUCAUGGAAAUGAAAUGCAAUGAAUAUGAAAAGAAAUACUCAUAUAUUUGAUUUGUACUGGGAAGAUAUAUUAGUUGCCAAAGUAAUACCAUUUUUGACUAUACGUGAAUGUUUUAAUUUUCGUUGUGUUUCUCGAACUUGUCUUCAAAUAAUAGAUAUGUAUUUUGCUAAAUUGAAAUCAUUAAAACUAAUGAAUAAAGGCUUCUCCCCGCACACAUUCAAUGUAUUUGCAACCACUUGUACACACUUAAAUUUAUUGAAUUUGAGUCGAUGUCACUCGAUAAGCGACAAUGAAUUGAUCCCGAUGUUACGUAAAAACCACAAUAUAGAAAGUCUGAAUCUAAGUCAGUGCAAGAAUUUGUCUGCAAAAUGUUUGCAGCCUGUUAUCCUCCAUUGCAACAACUUACGGAUACUGAAACUUGCGCGAUGUUCGUGGUUGACUACGGGAGCUAUCGAAGCACUGGCUCUCCAUCAGAGUAAGCUAGAGGAUGUUGACUUGGCAUUUUGUGUUGCUAUAUCAGAGAGUUGCAUUUUAAUUUUCAUAAAGAAGUUCCGACAAAUAAAGACUCUGAACUUAGAAGGCAACAAGCAGGUGACUGACAAAUGCCUGUAUACUAUAUCAAAAUACAGUAAGUCACUGAAGCUUCUAAAUUUAGGAGGUUGUUGUGAAAUAACUGAUAAAGGAGUGAGAGCACUUGCACUACACUGUCCCAAGCUAGAGGGCCUUUUGAUCCGUGGCUGCACUAAAGUGACAGAGAACAGUCUCCGACUGUUGAGAAACAAGGUCCAUCUGGACAGAAGACCAGUAGAUCCAGUGCCUGUUCCAAUUUAUGUGCAAAUUUAAAAAAAACAUAUAAUGGUUGUGCUGUAAAAGUUGUUGGUAUUUUGUUGCUAAUAUUAUAAUAUAGGUAAAGUAUGUGUAUAUAAAUGAAUAGAAUAAUUGGGAAUAGCCAGUUUCAAGAUGAACCAAAUCCAGUUGCAAAAUGUAUAUAAACAAUUCUUUAAAUUACCUC